AUGAUACUCGAAACUCUCCUAGCCAAGAAGGAGACCAAGAGCGCAACAAAACAGAAAGUACACAGGCUCAUACACAACCACCCGGAGGAAGCGGAAGACAUCAUCAAAGAAGUGAAGGAGAGGUUCCUUGGAAACCUCUACGAGCACAUGGUGCACAACCGCAUGAUCGAAUAUCUCGAGGCUUUCUUUUUUUUGCUACGUGAACAGGACUGCCUGCCGGCACGAUUCAAAGCCGUGCACGUGGUGUACCAGCCUUCGGUGUUCAACGUGUUCUUCUCGCUUGCCAAGCCUUUCCUCACCACGAAAAACAUCAACAGGAUACACAUCCACGGUUCGGACAUGGCCUCGCUGCACCAGUACCUCCCGCCCGGCAUCCUUCCCGAGGAGUACGGCGGGGUUCACGGCCCCUUCGACAACACCAAGUACUGCCAGGGCCUGUACGACCGGGAGGACAGCUUCGUCCAGGACCUCAAGUACGGGUAUCACACCUGAGCGGCGAGAAGAGAAGAGAGAGACGAACAAACGCACAGUCGACUCGGGACCGCGCUCGGCUCGGCGAAGAGGCGCACUGACUUCGAUGCGACACGAUCGCCGAAGUCUUCCGCGACUUCGAAGAAAUUACGCUGCAGCUGCAGAGCGCGGUGACGAAUGUUCUACGACUUGUCUGUUAUUGUUUCCCCUCAUCUUUUAAAGAAAUCUUCGGCUGGUUUGUUGUUUAUUCCGGAGCACACGUUCAUUUCUCAGAUAAAAAAAAAAAGGAAAUUUGACCACGAACGUGAGGCACUCGUGGGAGGUGGCGCUGACUCCUGUCGGCUCGGCUGAGCGCGUGUAUAUAUACAUUGUAAUGUUCGUAUGUCUCUCUUCGACUGCUAGGUAGUGCGUUGGUUUUCACACUCAAGUGUAUCUCGGCCUCUGGACUCAUCAGACAAGCUUUAAAGACAAAGCAUGUUCUUAGGAGCUCUUUCUCAACUCAACCGUGUGGGCCACAGCGCCGAUCCUCUACUUAAGAAAAGAACGCAACCGUGCUUGUUUGAUAAAACGCACCUUUAAAGGGGUACUGACACAUUAUUUCGCGGCCGAGACAGCCUGCGGGAUUGAUUCCCGUGAACAAGCGUAUAUCAUCUGCAAAAUAUCAACAGCGAAUAUAGC